CUAUUAUUUGUUCACAACAACGACAUCAACAGCGAUUACCUCCUACUUCCGCACAACAAGCAAUGGCAAUGGAGACCUCUUGGUGGAGCAAUGGUGAAUACCCGCAGAUGAUGGACAGCAGUCAAUGCCCGCAAAUGAUGGACGAUCCCGCAGCACUCAAUAUGAUGAUGGUGAAUCCAUGCUAUGCUACUUGGGGACCAGCUCCUUGUUCUCCGUGGAUGAUGAUGGGCAGUGUGGGCAGGGGAAAUGAAAUGAUAGGAGAAGAACAAGAGCAAUUGUCAGCCAUGAUUCAAGAGCAGUUUGAUGCAAACCAUGGUGGUCAU